CGUCGCCUCUGCCCCAGCAACAGUGACUCACAAAGCUGGCCCCUGCUGGGCGGACGCAGCCUCCCUUCAGGCUUUCUGGUCACAAAGGCCUUCAGGGCCGAGCCUAGAGCGGGCAUGCCCCAAGGCAGCCCUGUGCGGAGUCGCCCCUGCAGCCCACCCCGGGCAGCGAAUCCCGCCCGGCAACUGAGUGAAAGAGCCCAUAGCCUCAGCGCCCAUGUGUGUCAUCUGCUUCGUGAAGGCGCUAGUGCACGUGUUCAAGGUCUACCUGACCGCUAACUACAGCUACAACUUCCGGGACUGGCCAGUGGACUUCCGCUGGGAUGACGUGCGUGCUGCCAGCGGUGGCAGUAGCCAUCGAGCUCUAACGUGCGCUGCGGCCGUCGCAGGUGUCUGGCUCCUGCGAGAUGCGGCGCUAGGCGAAGAUGCGCCUGGGCGGCCACUGCGUGGGGCGCGCAGCCAGGCGCAAUGUCUCUUGCAGCAAAUCCGCCAGCUGCCAGGCCAGCUUGCCAGCUAUGCGCUGGCCCACUCGCUGGGCCGCUGGCUUGUGUACCCUGGCUCCAUGUUUCUAAUGACACGUGCGCUGCUGCCGCUGCUGCAGCAGGGCCAAGAGCGCCUCGUAGAGCGCUACCGUGGCCGGCGAGCCAAGCUGGUCGCCUGUGAUGGCAAUGAGAUUGACACCAUGUUUAUGGAUCGCCGCCAACACCCAGGCAGCCACGGGCGAGGACUGCUCCUCGUCAUCUGCUGCGAAGGCAAUGCUGGCUUCUACGAGAUGGGCUGUCUAUCUGCCCCGCUGGAGGCUGGCUACUCAGUGCUAGGGUGGAACCACCCAGGCUUUGGGGGUAGCACCGGUGCACCCUUUCCACAGAAUGACGCCAAUGCCAUGGAUGUGGUGGUAAAGUACGCGCUGCACCGCCUGCACUUCGCCCCCGCGCAAGUGGUGGUCUAUGGCUGGUCUAUUGGCGGCUUCACGGCCACCUGGGCCACCAUGACCUACCCAGAGCUGGGUGCGCUGGUGCUCGAUGCCACCUUCGAUGACCUCAUGCCACUGGCACUUAAGGUCAUGCCCCACAGUUGGAAAGGGCUGGUAGUGCGCACCGUGCGUGAGCACUUCAACCUCAACGUUGCUGAGCAGCUGUGCUGCUACCCUGGACCAGUGCUGCUGCUCAGGCGCACACAGGACGACGUGGUCAGCACCUCGAGCAGCCUACCCCCACUGCCAUCAGGCGAUGUGGAGGGCAACCGCGGCAAUGAGCUGCUGCUCCGUCUACUGCAGAGUCGCUAUCCAGCUGUGAUGGCGUGCGAGGGCCAGGCUGUGGUAACUCGCUGGCUGCGCGCUAGCAGCCUGGCACAGGAGGCUGCCUUCUACGGGCGCUACCGCGUGGAUGACGAAUGGUGUCUGGCUUUGCUACGCAACUACCGUGCGCGCUGUGAGGAAGAACAGCAGGAUGAAGAGGCCUGGGGGCCACAUGGGCCCGCCUUCCCCUGGCUGGUGGGCCAAGGCCUGAGCCCGAGGCGGCGCCGGCAGCUUGCACUGUUUCUGGCACGGAAGCACCUGAAGAAUGUAGAGGCGACCCAUUGUAGCCCACUAGAACCUGAGGACUUCCAGUUGCCCUGGGGCCUGUAG